AUGGCGCCUUCAAACCAGCCCAUCACACAGGCUCUCCUCGCCCGGGCGCACUCUCCCGACAGCGCCAACCGCAUCUUUUCCGAGAAAAUCCAGUACCGACCGCUCUACCUCAGACCAAGCUCGCCGCCGCCGCCGUCAAAAGCGCGCGAAAAUCGUCGCAAGGCCCGCGAAGAAUCAAAAAGGAAGCAAAAGCUCAAGCCGAAGCCCCUCUCGGCCCGCGAAAGACACCGGCGCGGCCUCUACGAAGUACCCCGCGCCGGCCAAAAAUACUCCAUCUUCGAACCCCUCCACCGCCUUUGGCUGGGCUACAUUGAGGAAACAUUGGGCUCCGAGCUUUACACGGGCGGCGCUGCUGCGUCGGCAAAGCUGAGCGCUGCCGAGUUCCACGGUGCCGCGGUCGAAGUGUCGCGCAGCUCUUGCCCGAGCAGGGUCGGCAUCAAGGGCAUUGUCAUCAAGGAUGGCAAGUUUGCUUUCGAGAUCAUUACGCCAAAGAACGAGAUCAAAAUUGUGCCAAAAGAGGGAACGUGGUUCAAGUUUGAGAUACCUGUUAAGGAGCCGGAUACAGAUGCACCCCAGCAAGGCUCUCCGCGCCGAUUCGUUUUCGAAGUUCUCGGUGACCAAUUCCUGAUGCGCGGGGCUGAUCGAGCCAACAAAAAGUUCAAGCCUCACUACCUGAAGAACAUUUGA